CCCGGCCCCACACCGCCGCCGGGGCUCCGCGUCUGCCGCCGCCACCCGACCCGACCCGACGCGGAGCCGGCUGCGCCUGCGGGACGGGGGCCGGGGGGACCCCCAUGGGGGGUGGGCAGCGCGGAGCCCCCCCCCACUAAGCUUGCCCGCCGGCCGCAGCAUGCCGGCAGCCCCGCUCCUGCUGUGGUUGGGCUGCCUCUGCAGCCUCUGCCGGGCUUACUUCGAGGGCCCGCUCUACCCCGAGAUGUCCAACGGGACCUUGCACCACUACUUCGUCCCCGACGGGGACUACGAGGAGAACGACGACCCCGAGCGCUGCCAGCUGCUCUUCAGGGUGAGCGAGCAGCGGCGGUGCGGCGGCCCGGCGGCGGCGGGCGGCGGGCUGAGCCUGCGGGAGGAGCUGACGGUGCUGGGCCGGCAGGUGGAGGACGCGGGCCGGGUGCUGGAGGGCAUCGGCAAGAGCAUCUCCUACGACCUGGACGGGGAGGAGAGCUACAGCACCUACCUGCGCCGGGAGUCCGCCCAGAUCAGCGACGCCUACUCCAGCUCGGACCGGUCGCUGAGCGAGCUGGAGGGCAAGUUCCGUCAGGGCCAGGAGCAAGGGGGCCGGGAGGAAGCCCGCCUGGGCGACAGCUUCUUGGGCUUGCUCCUCCACGCCCGAGCCCUGCUCCGGGAGACCCGCCACAUCUCCAGCGGGCUGCGGGACAAGCACGACCUCCUCACCCUCACCGUCCGCAGCCACGGCGCCCGCCUCAGCCGCCUCAAGAACGACUAUCUCCGGGGAUGAGACGGGACCCCCCCCCGCCCCGGGUCCCUCCACACCGCCGGGGGCGAGGGGCUUCGGACGGGGCCCACAGCCCUGCCUCCAGCGUGCCAGGGCUGGCUGGAAGGAGCACCUCCUCAUGCAAACGCAUCCUUCAUCCUGGAAAAACUUAUUUAUUACGUUUGACUUCCUAAACAAAUAGCGCGGCUUCUAUAAACCAGGAGGGUAGAGGUAUGUUUAAGUUAAUGUCCCAUAUUUAAAGAAUUACCCCGCAUUAUAUCACUCAUCUUUGGUGACAAAGCAAAGUAAGCUUUCUCGUCGCCCGAUUCCCCGUCGUCGCUCUGUGUAUCGGCUGUUCUGCUACAGCUCACCUGCCACAAACCUGGGUAAAGCCUGGUGCUCACGUGUAGCAGAUGCUUAAAUUGCUUUUGUUGUUACUUCCCUUCAGGGUGAAACUUCUGGCCCUCUAUUAACUUUCUUAACCUUUUGUAACGGUAUGUAUUCUACACACGUUAAACAUUGUUCUACUACGUAGAUUUCCAGUUGUGUUUUGAAAGAUGGGAACUGUUCUGGUGAGAUUUGUACUCUUCCAGGCUUGCUUAUCUGUGACUCUAAGCUAUCAUAACCCCAAGAGCCGGCCAAAAAGGCUUAUGUCAGAUCCUGAGAAUGCUGAUGCAGAUUUUUAUAGUAAGGAGAAGGAGCCCUAGUGGUGAUUGUAGUUUCAGAUCCCCAAUUUGAGAGCCAGGUUUCUUAGAGCAUGUUUCUAAAGCAGACAAAAGGGUUUUGUCUGUGCCAGCACAGUGACAUGUCCUGUCGGUGCCUUUGUACUUUUGCUAGCUAAGCUAUUAAUAAAAUUAUUUGUACUCCUAGACAAUAGCAAAAGUGCCUAGUGGGAAGGAGGGGAGGAUUGUUUGGGUUUCUAGAUUCAUUGCUAUAUAAUUGUCAAUUGGGGGUAAUAUGGCUACUAAGUUACAGAUACUGCAGGAAGAAUCACUGUUUGGAUGAAAAAAGUUCAUAUGUUGUUUUAAUAAAUAUUUGAAAACAGUGUUAAAGCA